AUGCGGGUUUCUCUUAUUGCGCUAUUUGGACUUGUAACAUCAACUUGGGCCGUUAAUCUAUCUGGAUUUGUACAGUGGAACGAGCACUGCAGGGACUAUGCUUCCUUAGGACGCGCUCGUGUAAUACUUGAUGAUGGAUCUGCUUCUGGAAGCGUCACCAGAGACGGUAGAUGGUCGAUUCCAGACGUGGAACCCGGAACAUACAUCCUGUCCGUCCUGGCGCACAACCAUAAAUUCGACCAGUUCAGGGUAGACGUACUUCCGGAGACCCCACUCGAGCCUAUCGUCCGCCCAUUACCUCCUGGUACACCACUCAACCCGGCGUCGCCUGCGAUACUGCCGUAUCCGAUCAAGCUCUCAGCACGGCAAGCAAAUAGCUACUACGUCCCUCCUGAGUCGUUCAACAUCAUGAGCAUGGUCGGCAAUCCUAUGACCCUCAUGAUGAUCGCCGCCGGCGUGAUGAUGUUCGCUGUACCGUAUAUCACGAAGAACAUGGAUCCGGAAAUGCAGGCGGAGAUGCAGGCAAAUCAGGCCAAGUUUUCCAGUAUCCAAAACUCUUUCAUGAGUGGCGACGUUGCGGGAAGCUUCAACGCCAUAAUGAGCGGAGGAGAGCAGCCACCUGCGGGAGCUUCCGCAGCCACGUCUGCGACCCAGCAUAGCUCAUCGAAGAAGAGCACGAAGAAGCGCCGCUGA